AUGCCACCAACUGGAGGACCAAUGAUACCGCAACCGCCACACACACCAAAUAGUAAUCAAUCGCCAAAUAACAUGAUUAUUAACAAUAACAACAUAUCAAUGCCUCCAAAUGGGCCACAAAUGGGCCCAAAACCGGUGCCAAUCAUAUCGGGAAAGAUAUACCCGCCCGAGCAGUCAAUGGUGUUCAAUCCCGCCAAUCCAAACGCACCGCCCAUAUAUCCGUGUGGUAUCUGUCAUAAGGAGGUCCACGACAACGAUCAGGCGAUUCUCUGUGAGAGCGGCUGUAACUUCUGGUUUCAUCGGAUCUGUUCUGGACUUACAGAUAGGGCUUACUUUUUGCUCACACAAGAAGUAUACGCUGAAUGGGUUUGCGAUAAGUGUUUUCAAAGUAAAAACAUACCACUCGUUAAAUUUAAGCCAUGA